GGCCUGGCGACUCCCCUAUACUCAUCUCCUCCACCACCCCGGAAUCCGGAUUUUCGCAUUUCCAAUGGCUUCGAAACUUUCCACCCGCGCGGUCACGACGCUCUCCGGCCCCGCGUGCCGCACCGUCGUCCGUUCCAGCGCGAUUGAAUCCGCUCUCCUUCCGCGGCGAGCCUUGUCGACAUCAACGGAGGAGGCGCCCGUUGACAACAGGCCCCGGUGGUCCUACACUCCUGAGCGUGCAAAGGCUCCCUUCAGUCUUCGUCUCGAUUCCAAGCGCCCUCCUUUUAGCGUCAACUCCGACCCCAAGAUCCUCGACCAAUUCUACAUCCGCCUGCUCGGCCCCGACGGGGACAAGGUGCUAUCAGAUGAAGUCAAAUGGCUUGCGGUGACGCACAAGAGUUUCGAUCAGGGACGGAGAGGUUAUAACGAUCGCAUCGCUUUCCUGGGCAAGCGUAUUGUCAAACUUCAGGCUUCGCUGGCCUUGGUGGGCCACUCCGCUGCUCCCCCCUCUCGAGAUGCCUUUGGCCGCAAGCCCUUCCGGCAUCCCGCCCUGGAAGGCCUGAACAACCUCUCCUUCAACACCAAGAACUUCAUGACACACAAGUCGAAGCUGGCGGAUUUGGCACAGAAGUAUCAACUGCAGAAGGUCCUGAGAUGGGCUCCUCGGAUGCCCCUCAACCUCGAAAGCUCCGGAUUGGAGCUCAUCCUCGCUCACACGAUGUACGCCAUCGUUGGCGCCAUUGCGCUGGAGAAGGGCGGCAACGUUGCCAACCAGGUGGCACGUGAGCGGAUACUAAAACCCCUGGGCUUCCGCAUCUAGACAUGAGGUCGGGGAGGCAAAAGAACCGAUUGAAUUCUUAGGGCUGCAGGAGCAUAUCAAGGCGUUAUUUUCCUUUUCUUUCAUCAUGUCUUCCGACUUUUUCAAGGAUGUCCACUGUACGUGCUGGGGGGAUUAUCACUUUUUUGUUCGACCGUAUAUUAUGUAUUUUUACACUAAGACCUGUGCUAUAUGGAACUGCAAAUACCAC